GGUCAGCUCUUGUGGUGUCUGUGUGCGUGUGUAAUUGCUAAAGACAGUGAGAUAGAAUGGAGGAUUUGGCAGAAUAUCAUGGACCCAUCAGUAAGAGCCAAGCAGAAGAGAUCCUGAACGAAGCGGGCAGAGAUGGCAGCUAUCUGAUCAGAGACAGCAUGAGCUCCGCGGGGUCUUACUGCGUGUGUGUGCUGUGUGAUGGAUGGAUUUACACCUACAGAGUUUUCAAACAAAAGGAUGGCCUCUGGACAAUAGAGAUGGCCCCUGGGAUGAAGGAACGACUCUUUCGAAACGCAAGUAACCUCAUUGCUGCGUUCAAGAUCCCGGACCAAGGCAUCUCUGUUCCUCUUCUGUAUCCUGUGAACAAACCUAAACAAUAACACACAAGUUGAAACAAACACCUCACUGUUUAUACCUGCUGUAAAUGCAUGCAUGGGUAUUUCUAUGUCUGAGAAAAUAUCCUUGCAUACAGCGGUGGGGGCUCUUAAACCGCCAUGGGUAAAUUGUAGAAAAUUUGUAAAAAUGCUGUAAAUUGUAAAAAUGUAUUAAAAGUGUAUUAGAUAUAUCAGGAGGGAGAAACCAUUGAAAUGCAUUUAAUGAUUUCAAUUU